AUGGCGCCUUCGCCGGCGGCUGGCCGUGGCGGGAGCACCGACGCCGGCCUCACAGACCCUCUGCUGCGCGGCGGCGGCGGCGCGAAGGACAAGUACUGGGUGCCCGCCGACGAGGAGGAGGAUGAAGAGACCUGCUGCGGGGAGGAGGACGGCCGCCCGCCGCCGCUGUACCGGACGUUCAAGGUCAGCGGCGUCCUCCUCCACCCCUACAGGUUACUAACUGUAGUGAGGCUGAUCGCCGUCGUCCUCUUCCUCGCAUGGCGCAUGAAGCACCGGAACUCGGACGCCAUGUGGCUCUGGUGGAUCUCGGUCGCUGGCGACUUCUGGUUCGGCGUCACCUGGUUGCUCAACCAGGCCUCCAAGCUCAACCCCGUCAAGCGCGUCCCCGACCUCUCCCUCCUGAGGCGGCGCUUCGACGGCGGCGAUCUCCCCACCGGCGGCCGUGGUGGCAGCCUCCUCCCUGGCCUCGACGUGUUCGUCAACACCGUCGACCCCGUGGACGAGCCCGUGCUGUACACCAUGAACUCCGUCCUGUCCAUCCUCGCCACCGACUACCCCGCCGAGCGGCACGCCACCUACCUCUCCGACGACGGCGCGUCGCUGGUCCACUACGAGGGGCUGGUCGAGACGGCGAGGUUCGCCGCGCUGUGGGUCCCGUUCUGCCGGAAGCACCGCGUCGAGCCGAGGGCGCCGGAGAGCUACUUCGGGCGGGCCAAGGCGGGGCCAUACGCCGGGCCGGCGGUGGAGGAGUUCUUUGCCGACCGGGGGUUCGUGCGCCGGGAGUACGAGGAGUACAAGGCGCGGCUCGACGCUCUCUUCGCUGAUAUCCCCCGGCGAUCGGAAGCUUGUGAUGGCAGUGCGAACGCCAAGGCAGGAGGAGGCGCGAAGCCGACUCUAAUGGCGGAUGGGACCCCAUGGCCAGGGACAUGGAUUGAGCCAGCUGAGAAUCACAAAAAAGGACACCACGCCGGAAUUGUUCAGGUAAUGUUGAGCCAUCCGAGUGGUGAGCGUCAGCUCGGCACGCCGGCGAGCUCCGAUCGCCCUGUGGAUUUCAGCGCCGUCGACGUGCGCCUCCCGAUGCUGGUGUACAUCGCCCGCGAGAAACGGCCGAGGCACGACCACCAGAAGAAGGCGGGCGCCAUGAACGUGCAGCUGCGCGUGUCCGCGCUGCUGUCGAACGCGCCCUUCGUCAUCAACUUCGACGGCGACCACUACAUCAACAACUCCCAGGCCUUCCGCGCGGCCAUGUGCUUUAUGCUUGACCGCCGCGACGGCGAGAACACCGGCUUCGUCCAGUUCCCCCAGCGCUUCGACGACGUCGACCCGACGGACCGGUACUGCAACCACAACCGCGUCUUCUUCGACGCGACGUUGCUCGGCCUCAAUGGCAUCCAGGGGCCGUCCUACGUCGGCACCGGCUGCAUGUUCCGCCGCGUAGCGCUCUAUGGCGACGACCCGCCGCGGUGGAGGCCCGGCGACGACGACGACGGCGAUGCCAAGGCGAUGGGUUGCCCCGGCAGGUACGGCAACUCGAUGCCGUUCGUCCACACGAUACUGGUGGCGGCGAACCAAGAACGGCCCAUCGCGUCGGCGGCGGCGUCCCUCGACGAGACGGCCAUGGCGGAGCUGCAGAAAGUGAUGACGUGCGCGUACGAGGACGGGACGGACUGGGGCGACGACGUCGGGUGGGUGUACGACAUCGCGACGGAGGACGUGGUGACCGGCUUCCGGCUGCACCGGAAGGGGUGGCGGUCGAUGUACUGCGCCAUGGAGCCCGACGCGUUCCGCGGCACGGCGCCGAUCAACCUCACGGAGCGCCUGUUCCAGAUCCUGCGGUGGUCCGGCGGCUCCCUCGAGAUGUUCUUCUCCCGCAACUGCCCGCUCCUCGCCGGCCGGCGGCUGCACCCGGUGCAGCGCGUCGCGUACACCAACAUGACGGCGUACCCGGUCUCGGCGCUCUUCGUCGUCGUCUACGACCUCCUCCCGAUCAUCUGGCUCUCCCACGGCGAGUUCCACAUCCAGAAGCCGUUCCCGACGUACGUGGCGUACCUCGUCGCCGUCAUCGCCUCGAUCGAGGUGAUCGGCCUGGUCGAGAUCAAGUGGGCGGGGCUCACCCUGCUCGACUGGUGGCGCAACGAGCAGUUCUACAUGAUCGGCGCGACGGGCGUGUACCCGACGGCGGUGCUGCACAUCCUUCUCAAGAAGCUCCUCGGCCUGAGGGGCGUCCGCUUCAAGCUGACGGCGAAGCAGCUAGCCGGCGGCGCGACGAGGGAGAGGUUCGCGGAGAUGUACGACGUGCACUGGGCGCCGCUGCUGGCACCAACCGUCGUGGUGAUGGCUGUCAACGUGGCAGCAAUCGGAGCGGCGGCGGGGAAGGCGGUCGUCGGGGGCUGGUCACCCGCGCAGGUCGCCGGCGCGUUGGCCGGGCUGGUGUUCAACGUGUGGAUCCUGGUGCUGCUCUACCCGUUCGCGCUCGGGAUCAUGGGGCGCUGGAGCAAGAGGCCAUGCGCGCUCUUUGCCCUGCUCGUGGCCGCCUGCGCGGCCGUCGCGGCGGGGUUCGUCGCGGUCCAUGCCGCUGUCGCCGCCGGCUCCGCGCCGGCACCGUUGCGAGGAGACGAGCAGGGCAAUGGAAGCGAUGCUCUUCGCACUCUAGUUUUGAAGACGGUUCCGCGGGAGCUGACACCAAUCCUAAGGCAAAAGAAAUCGUGGAUUGGCGGCAGAUCGAUCGGGUGA